AUGUAUCCCAAUCCUCUCAUCUACUGCACCUGCUGGGACCCCUGGAACUUGGGACCACGGAAGCUAAUUAAGACCCCUCAUCCACUUCCAAAGACCCUCACAGGAAAGCCUAGACAAACUCAUCCUACACCAGUUUCAAGGGAACGCAACUACCUUCUGUCCCAACCAACAAAACCUGUUGUUUCCCCAAAAGACAAAGUCCAGGCAGGAAAGCUGGAGGAAGGCGGCAAACUUCCUUCUGAGGUGAUUGACGUGUCACCUGGCUAUAAACUCAUUCGAAAUCGCGAACAGAUUUCGGUCACCUUGGGAGAUGAGAUGUUCAGUAGGAAGAAGCACUUGGAAUCGGACAUCUUGAACAAAGUCAAGUUUUCCAGGACCGACAUCAUCUCUGACCUUGAGGAGCAGAUCUCCGAGUUGACAGCAAUAAUAGAGCAAAUGAACAGAGACCACCAGUCUGCCCAGAAACUGCUCUCCAACGAGAUGGAUCUCCGCUGCGCUGAGAUGAAACAGAAGUUCGAAAACGAGACCAGGGAUCUCAAAAAGGCUCACAAACUGGAGCUCGAGAAGUUAGAGAACAGCUACAAAGAUGCCCUGAAGGUGGAAAAAGCUUCUGCCCAGGAAAAGCUAGAGGACAUGGGCAAAGAGUAUAAGUACCUGAAGAAUAUGUUCCACAUGUAUCAGGACAGCAUUUAUGAUGAGAUGGAAGACAAGUGGACAAAGCGGAAGGCAGAAUGGGAGAAGGAUGAGAAGCUGGAGAGGGAAAAGAUCCUGCUGCAACAGAAACACAGGAUAACAAAAAAGUUUGAGCUAGAGUCGGAAGAAGAAAAGAGGAAAAUGAAUGAAUCCUUCAGCGCCGUCUUCGAGAACUUCACCCGUGAGAAAGAGGAGCUCAUCAAACAGCAUGAUGAAGAUUUGUUGCAAAUGCAGGAGCUGAGAAAAUCCAAAGAGAUCUUGGAGGCCGAGUUGCAGGCACAAGCGAUCGUCCUGGAGACACUGAACACUAGCCUCUACCACUGCCAACUGGAGCUCCAGAGAGAGAAAACCACAGUGGGAAACCUGGAGAAACUGUUCCAGACGAAGCUUGCUGAAGCGGAAGAGAAGUAUAAGUACACCAUCCAGAUCCUGACGGAGGAAAACAUCUGCCUCAGGCAAAAGAUGGUGACCAAGAAUGAAAUGUCCGACAUGUCGGAGUCUGCUACUCCUUGUACAUGUGAGUCUGACUUUCCCGAACGUAGAUAACGAACCACGCUCCCCAGCUGCAUACACAGCCACACAGCUCCUAUGGCUUUCUGGAGAAAGGCA